AUGGCCGAGCAGAACGGUGCACAAGCGCGCCAGCAGCAUCCACCAUAUCAUUCUCCACAUUCCUAUCCAUCGCCUUCAACGCAGCCGACGUACACCUACCCUCCGCCGCAAGGGCCGCCGACCGCUGAGCCAUAUCGCGCAUCGCCAACAGCCUCGAGCAUACCACUGCAGUCGCUGAAUCUUCCUCCCAUACGCCAAACUGACGGACAGCCACAGCCGCAGCCGCAAGCGCAGCAGCCGUCGCAGCCGUCGCAGCAGCCGAUGGGUUCACCUUUGCCCCCGCCUCCAGCCCCGAUAAACGCCUACUAUGCGCAUUCCAUGCCGCCUCCAGGCCAGCCGAUGCACAUCACAUCUCAACCACACAGCUCGAUGAUGCGGUAUCAGCUACCGGCGCAAGGACCGGAUCAGAGGAUAAUGUCGGGAGGGCGGCACAAGAAGGAGAUCAAGCGGCGGACGAAAACUGGGUGUUUGACGUGUCGGAAGCGGCGCAUAAAGUGCGACGAGGCCCAUCCAACGUGUCGAAACUGCCAGAAGAGCAAGCGUGAGUGCUUGGGUUACGAUCCGAUCUUCAAGCAGCAGCCUGGCCCUCCGCAAAUACAGCCUGCACCAAGCGCUGCACCCCUCUCGGCCUCGACACCCGCAAUCUCUGCCCCUCCACAGGCUGCAUAUUCGAACGUCCCGCAGGGGUACGCACCAGCUGCAAGCGCAGGCUACGCGCCAGGCUUGGGUGCGCCCGUCUAUCCUCCAGCUCCAGCAGCGGAUCCAUCGUACGAGAUCGGCCCCGCCAUCGAUCCAGCGCUUGCUGCAGCAGGACCUGCCGCCAUAGCAAUCCCACCGAUCUCCUACACAAACCAACAGGACAUGAGCGCACCUAUCAAGAGCGAAGCUCCGCACCCUGCCGGCCAGCCGGUCCCGAUCGAAGAUCUAUUCGUCAUCGGCGGCCAUGCUCCUGCUCCGAUACCACCCAACAACGGACCAGUAGCUUCGUCAGUCAUUGAGGAGAUCAGAGUUCUAUACACCAGGGACUAUGCUCCAGGGUUGGACAGAUGGCUCGAAACGAGCUGGUACUCGACGAAAGGGUUCUCUCGACUGAUGGCUGAUGCGCGGGUCCUCGAGAUGUUCGCCCACCUGCUGGAGCAGUUUCGCGCCGUUCAGAACGACUAUGAGGGAUUGAGGCGUCUCCCAAGUCUCGAGGCGAGGCUUGUGUGGAACUUGUUCUGCUUAUGUCGUCCUCCAGCAGCCACGAUGAACGGUGCAAACGGCGCGACUGCUGGUGGAGUUGAUCUGCAAACACACGAGGUCACGAAGCGGCUAGAAGUCUUUGAAUAUCUUGUGACGAAUCGAACGGUGGAGACGAACCCUGCCGAGCAAGUCGCCUACCCCGUACGACUUGAGUAUUGGAAGGAUCUGGAAGUGAAGUUCUGGAAAAACCUGGGUACGGUGGUCUCGAGGCGUCCACAAGAUCCGGAUGGCAUCCGAGCCAUCCAGCACUCGCUCGGUGAGUGCCGUAACCUACUCGGUCAGCUCGAAAACCGCGAUGUCAUCUAUUCCAUGGCCAUUGCUCGCCAUAUCGGUCCUCGCAUCCCGGAUUUCCCUAAUAACUUGCAUCACGUGUACAACAACGAUGAUGCUGACGAGAGGACGAAGUUGUUCAUUGCGAAGAGGUUCAUCGAAGAUGAGGCGCAGGGCAAAGGAACCACACAGGUUAUCCAAAGGCUGUGCGACAUGGCUAUCAAGUCAUGGCAGGCGCUGCGAUAG